GUCGACGACAACGAUGUUGGAGAAAAGAAACGUUUGGCCUUUUUGGAUCUACUUUUAGAGUCCAACCAGAACGGAGUUGUUAUUUCUGAUACCGAAAUCAAGGAACAAGUCGAUACCAUCAUGUUUGAGGGACACGAUACGACUGCUGCAGGCAGCAGCUUCUUCUUGUCUUUGAUGGGAAUCCACCAACACAUCCAGGAUCGUGUUAUCCAAGAACUAGACGAAAUCUUUGGAGACAGUGACAGACCAGCAACGUUCCAAGACACUUUAGAAAUGAAAUAUUUGGAAAGAUGUCUGAUGGAGACUUUGAGGAUGUACCCACCAGUACCAAUUAUUGCCAGACAAAUUCAGGAAGACUUAAAAUUGGUUUCUGGUGAUUUCGUUGUUCCUGCCGGAUGCACAGUCAUAGUCGGAACCUACAAAAUGCACAGAAUGCCGGAACACUUUCCGAAUCCGGACGUGUUCGAUCCGGACAACUUCUUGCCGGAGCGAACUGCCAAUAGGCACUACUACGCCUUCGUACCGUUCUCGGCAGGGCCAAGGAGUUGUGUAGGUCGCAAAUAUGCGAUGUUAAAAUUGAAGAUAAUCCUGUCGACGAUCCUUCGUAAUUUCCGCGUCCACAGCGACUUAAGAAAAGACUUCAGGCUUCAGGCCGACAUCAUCCUGAAAAGGGCCGAAGGAUUCAAGGUGCGCCUGACGCCCCGGAAACCCGGAAGCUCCGUCAGGACUUUGAAGGCGUAACCGGAACAAAAAGACAUCGGAAGUGCGAAAUGGACGAUGAAAUUGAUACGAGU